GGCAACACUGCUAUAAGGUAACAGCUACAGUUACCGAAGCAGUUACUACAACGUACGCAACGCUGUACAAUGUCGAGUUAUAGGUUACGUGGAUUGUUAUGUUGUCUCUAGUACAUUUUAGAAUAUCAGUUACUUUAUAAAUACUUGAGGGUGAUUGUCCUACGUUACAUUGAGAGAUACGUUUCUUCUCAAAUAUUUGAAAUCUUGAUUAACUUGGAUCUCAUUUUACUUCUUGACGUUACAAAAAUCUUUGAAUCAAUCUAUUGAAAAUCAUCAAAACCAAACUAUAAGUUAUACCUACCGUUUUAUUAUAACCCAAUUAAAAGAUAAACAUGGAACAAAAAAAAGGAAAACAAAAAUACAGUCCUAUAUGGAACUUGUUUGAAGUAAUUGAUAGAGAUUGUGCUAGAUGUUUAAUUUGUGCCAAACGCUUUUCUUAUAGAAGCACCACCUCUAAUUUACGAAAACAUUUAGAGCGUAAACACGGCACAUUACAAGUUGUACAAACAGUACCUAGACUCGGUAAUGAAGUUGAAGAAUUAACGUCAACACAGUCUCAAAUAUUUCAAAUUGCAAGCCCACCAAAAAAGGCUGCACAACAAUCUACCCCACAACAUAUACAAAUUAAAUUAAUACCAACCCAACAAAUCAGUACCCAACAAGCCAAUACCCAACAGAUAUAUUCGCCACAACUCAAUUUGCAAAAUGCAGUCGCAUUCAAGAAGUUAAAAAAAGAUAAGAAAUCUCUGCCAGUAGUACAGAAUGAAGCUGAAGGUAGUGUGAAUGAUGCUUUGAUGCAGCUAUUCAUUAGAGAUUUUCAUCCAAUAAGUACUGUCGAAGACGAAGGUUUCAGGGGCUUCAUCACAUCUCUAAAUCCAACCUACGAAAUACCGACUAAGAAAUAUAUCUCUCAAACACUAUUACCUGCUAUGUAUCAGAAAUGUGUGGAAAAUGCUAGGAUUGUAUCAAGAACCAUUACAAGUGCUUGCAUUACCACUGAAUGCUGGACGUCGAGCAGUGAUGAAAGUUUUCUGGCAAUAACUUCCCACUUUUUAGAUAGUGAUUUUUAUUUCAAGUCUGUACUAUUAAGCUGUUCAUUACUAGAGGAAAAUUUUACUAGUGAAUCUUUGGCCGAUGAAAUACAUCGUAACAUAAAUGAUUGGGAAUUAGAGAAUAAAAUAGUUUUUUCCGUUUCCUCCGGUGAAGAUUACAUAGCUAAUGCUAUAAAAAUGGUUCUAAAAUGGGAACAUUUUGGAUGUUUCAUUCAUUCUUUAAAUAAAGUCAUUGGAGAUGCGCUGAGUAUAAAGCCUGUCGAAGAGCUCAUAUCUAAAGUCCGACAAGUUGUAUCAUUUUUCAGAAACGAUCCGAUGGCUAGUUCUGAACUACAUAUAUCUCAAAUAAAUUGCAACAUCGAACCGAAAAAGCUUAAACAGGAUGUUCCAAUGAUGUGGAAUUCCACUUUUUAUAUGAUACAGCGUUUUGUCGAGUUAGAGAAUGCAAUUUCAUGCACAGUUACAAUUCAAGAAUCUAAUUACCUUCUUAUUCAACCAGAUGAAUGGACUGUUUUAAAAGAAUUAACCAAAAUAUUAAAAUCACUAGAAGCUAUUACUAAAGCAGCGGAUCAAGAAACAUAUAUGUUAGCCUCAUUACCAAUUGUUUUGGCAAACGGCUUAUUCGAAAUUUGUAGGAAAUUGGAAAGAAGUGCAGACUUAUCAGACACGACUAAGCAAGUUGUCAUGAAAUUGAAAAACGGAUUCAAUGCAAGAUUUAGCGAACUGACCAAAAAUCCAGUCCUGUCAGUAUGUACUUUCCUAGAUCCAAGAUUCAAAACAAUACCUUUCAAGAAUAACGAAGGACCUGUAAAAAAACGUGUGGUGGAUCUAGUUAUAAAACAUUUGAAUUUAGACAGCAAUGCGGAAAAUGGAGGAGCUCAAGGAAAUGUUUCUCAAAAUCAAAACAUUGAGGAGCUAUCUGUAUGGGAAGUCUUUGACAAAUCAGCUGCAAGUUCUAAACUCGAGACCUCGGGUGAUUCCAGAGCCCAGCUUGAAGUAGACAGAUACAUAGAAGACGAUUUAAUAAAUAGGACAAGCGACCCUUUGGAAUGGUGGAGGAUUCAUCGUUUUAAUUACCCUCAUUUGAGCGAAGUCGUUCGUGAAAUAUUUUGUUCCCUGGCAACUUCCGUUCCUUGCAGUAGAUUGUUCACAAAAAGUGGAAUGAUCAUCAUGGAUCGUCGAUCGAAACUCAGUUCUGGAAAAGUGAAGCAACUUGUAUUUUUAAAUGCUAAUGAUAAAUUGUUAUCAUAAGUCACAUUAUAGGUUUUAAAUUUCAAAAUGAUAUUUAGCACAUGUUUUUCCUCAACAUUAAAAAUUUCAAUAAUGUAAAACUGAUUAUAGUAACAACUUUUCCAUAUAAAUCAAAAAACUACUUAAUAUCCAAAUAAAUCACAAUUGUUUUUGAUAUAUAUAAGCUUAUUAUAUAUGGAAGCUUUGUCUGCUGAUUUAUGACGUUAAACUUUAGACAUUAAACUUUAUCAUAUUUUUUAAAGUAAAAUUUUCCAUUUUGACAUAUUUAUAGUUAGUAACUACUAUAAGUAAUAAUUAUACAAAAUUUUCUUAAUUCAUUGUUUUUAGAAUUUUUCUUCUUUUAUUUUGCAAACAGUAAGCUUAGAAUAUUUUACUGGAAAAAAAACUUUAUCUUGGUUUGAUAGUAUUUUGAGAUGAUAUACCAAAUACUACAACAAAACACAAGAAUGAAAAUCAAAUGUUAUCAAUGAACAUAAUAUUGAUGGAAAUAUGUUGAAGUAAUCGAAAUGUAUCCAAAUUAUAAAUAAUUUUUUUUAAAAAUUAAUGUAAAUACUUAAAAGUGUAUGUAUAUGUAUAUAAAUGUAAAUACGUUUUGUGUGUUUAGAAAUAAUGUUAGAGUCAUGUAUUUUAUAAAUAAAGAAAAUAAUUUUUGAAAAUUAAAAUUUUAU